UGGCCCUGCACCUGGAUGGUGCCCUCACGCUGGUCCACACCGGCCAUGUCCAGUGGUGAUGUGCCUGCAGUUCAAAGCCAGGCUGGUGAGAAAUGAAGGAAACCUUGCCUGCAAGCUACAGGGAGCAGUUAGGUGUCCACCAGGCCUUGAGGAUCUGAAUUAAGUGCAGUCUGCAUCAGAACCCCUACAGUCUUGGGCACCCAAGUUGCCAUGGCAACGAGUGAAACCCCAUCCCUUGACCCUGAAAGAAGCAUGGGACACUAAGAGUGGUCCAUCCGGAUGCUCCGCCUCUUGGGAAAGCUGCGUUGGAGACAGGCAGCCUUGGCUGCUCCAGGUUAGGAGGAAGAGUGUGCUCUUUCUGCACCUGACUCCUGAUUUUCUAUCAGCACCGGAGGAUCUGCUGCAGCCCACGCACAGCCCGACUUCGGAGCUAGGGAGUGAGGCCUGCAGAAGAGUUCCACAGAGGUUGUAUGGUACAGAAAUUCAUGAACCGGUACCAGGCAGCCCUGCUGGGUCUAGGCUUGCUGCUCGUGUUCCUCCUGUAUAUGGGCUUGCCUGGCCCACCGGAGCAGACUUCGCGACUCUGGAGAGGCCCUAAUGUCACAGUCCUGACUGGUCUCACCAGAGGCAACUCUCGAAUCUUUUACCGAGAGGUGCUGCCAAUUCAGCAGGCACGCAGGGCAGAAGUUGUGUUUCUCCAUGGAAAAGCAUUUAAUUCCCACACAUGGGAACAGCUGGGGACGUUGCAGCUACUGUCAGAGAGGGGUUACCGGGCUGUGGCCAUCGACCUUCCAGGUUUUGGGAACUCAGCCCCUGCAGAGGAGGUGAGCACAGAGGCAGGCCGAGUGGAGUUGCUGGAGAGAGUGUUCCAGGACCUACAGGUGCAGAAUACUGUGUUGGUGAGCCCCUCACUGAGUGGCAGCUAUGCCCUGCCCUUCCUGAUGCGAAACCACCACCAGCUACAUGGAUUCGUGCCCAUCGCACCCACCUCCACCAGGAAUUAUGCACAGGAACAAUUCGGGACUGUGAAGACCCCAACUCUUAUCCUGUAUGGGGAACUGGACCACACCUUGGCUCGAGAGUCACUUCAGCAGCUCCGCCACCUGCCCAACCACUCCGUGGUGAAGCUGCACGAUGCAGGUCACGCCUGCUACCUCCACAAGCCAGAAGCCUUCCACCUUGCCCUUCUUACCUUCCUUGACCAUUUGCCUUGAGUGGACUCACCUCCCAGGAUCGACCUCGAAAAGUCUAGACCCUCUCUCUCUCCUCUUCCAGGGUGGCAAUCCCUGGCUGGGACUGGGGGACAGAGGAUCAAGCCUAGCCAGGACCUUUGUAUUUCAUUUCACAGGCACAAUAAAGAAAAGCCUUUUUGUCUUGCCUGGAGA